AUAAAAUUAAACCGAUUCCUUGAUAUAACAACAAUGGAGGCAUCCAAUCAAACCCAGAAAGAGAUGGCAGAAAUAUUUGGAGACAUUGCAAGAAGCUUCAGCAGACUCGCUCAGCUGAUGGGUGCAGACACAGGCGAAGUUCCAUCGCUGAUUAAGAGCAAAGGUAAAUCUUCCAAGGCAUCCAAAGCAGACAAAGACAAACAAGACAAGUCUGCUAAAAACAAAAAGCAGAAGAAGUCCAAAGCCGACAAAGAUCCUAAUGCUCCUAAGAAGCCUCUGACUGCUUUCAUGCUCUACACCAACAAGAGAAGAUCCGAAGUCAUGAAAGCGAACCCCGGAAUGAAGAUCACUGAAAUCUCGACCAUUAUCGGUAAAGAGUGGAAGGAACUCACUGAAGAAGAGAAAAACAUCUGGAAAGAAAAGCACAACGACGCCAAGCUGAUCUACGAACUCAAUGCUUUCAACUACAAGAAGAGCAAAACCGACGCUGCCAACAACGAAGUCAGCGCCAAGCACAAGAAAGACGAACACGGAGCCGCUCAAGAGUCCACCAUGAAGACUCUGGCUGGCAAGAAGAGAAAGAAGUACAGCGAUGAUGGAAGCAGCAUCGACUCAUCUAGUGACGAAGAGCCUCAGAAGAACAAGAGACACAAAGCUAAAUAAGUCCGAGCAGCUUCAAGAAGGCCAAGAGGGUCAAGAAGACAGAGCUUCAGCAAUAAUAGUUCAAUAA